GUCUGACGCAUCAUGUGCCUCCCUGGCAAUUUUGGACCAAGCCCUGCUGGCUUGAAGUUUGGUGCGGGCUGUUGGUCUUCGUUGUCGUUCUUGCUUGAAAUUUGAGCACCAUGGUCCUCCUCCACUUGCCAGCUCUGCAGUACAAGGCAAACAUGGCCAUCACCUCCCUUCAGGUUCUAGGACUUGGUGGAGGUCUGCAGGAAGUGCAGGGAACCAAUGCAGGCUAUUCAAAGUUCGCAGAUGCGACAGCUGCGUUCAAAGUCCCAUCUCGCCUUGGUAUGACGCUUUUGUAUUCUCCGGCUCUGCUAGUUUCUUUGGCCUAUUUGAAGAAUGACCCCAAAAGCGGCAACGGCCGCGAGAAGCUGACGGCCCUGCUUCUCUCUGUGCACUUUGGCAAGCGAGUGCUGGAGAGCCUGUUCCUGCACCGCUACAGCGGGACAAUGAACGGAGACUUUCUUGCGCCGGUAAGCACAUCGUAUGCGCUCACGGCCACUCUCAUUGCCCAUCUCCAGCGCCAGAUUGCCAACUAUGCCGGCAGCGUUGCCGACCAGCGGAUGCUGCUGGCGGGCAUUGUGCUGAACGCCGUGGGCCAGCUCGGCAACCUCUACCACCAUUGGCUCUUGGCGGCCAUGCGCCCGACGAAGGGUGGAGCAGAAGAGAGCUCAAAGUAUGUGGUUCCUUCGGGCGGCAUGUUCAGGCACGGUGGCGGAUGUUACUGCCCCGCAUUACUUUUUCGAGUUGCUCAGUUGGCUCGGUAUCGCUGCCGUCACCCAACACCUCAACUCGUUCCUGGUCGUUGCAGACAUGCUCUCCUAUCUGGCAGGGCGUUCCUUUGCGACGACACGGUGGUACAAUGCAAAGUUCAAGAACUACCCCGCCGAGCGCAAGCACCUGAUUCCGUUCCUCUUCUGAAGCAGCUGGCCGUGGUGCCACUAUCCACGGGGUGCCACUCUAGCUUUGUGGGGUUUUCGACGUACUUUUCUGGGUGCGUCCAUCUUCAGAUCAGCUCUAUACUUGUUGUCCACCUGCAGGUUGGUUGCUGUGUUGGUCCGUUCGAGCCUUCUGCGCGGUAGGCGUCCUCACCGUGAGCUGAAGCAAUGAACCACGUGGCAUCGCCCCUUCCAAAACAGAUGCGAUGUGGUCGAGCGGGCUCCCUUUCGCAUGGGUACCCCCAGUCGACCUGCCGGCGGAUAAUAUCGCCGCCAUGCCCGCGCAACACCGAUAUGCACGCAGGGUGGGUCCACCGAGGCCUCUGGACAGGCUCGGUGGAACCAUCCUGGGGCCGUCUAGGAAGCAGCCCUACAGUAAGACGCUGCAGCGUGGCGCUCUCGCGAUGUUGCACGGCUGCACCAAAGUGCACCGACCAUGGAGGCCAAGCGCUUUCCCGAU